UGGUCAGCCUGAGACUUGCUGUGAAACUACGACAAGAAUUUCAGUAAGUUGGCAACACUUUCACACAAAGAAAACAACAAUAGGAGAAGUCCUUCCGUGCAGAAAGGAAUGCUUCAAGCACUGUUCUCCUACAGUGAAAGGAGACAGGAAGGGAGGGAGGGAGAGAAGGAGGAGAGAGAUUUGAAGAGGGCAGCCCCUUUCCCCAGCAGCUCUGGAUCUUGUGAUGGAGAGAUCUUAUCCUCUCUGUGAUUCAGAGGUGCCAGGAAACUCAUUGAAUAUUCUGAUCUGCCCCAGUGUUUCUUGUGGCUUGACCCCGGUGCUGUGUCGUACCACUACACCAAGCAGCCCUGAACCUGCAUAAAUCACAACCCUGCAAAGCCUACACUCCACAUCUUAUCUUUCUCACCCCCACCCCCUUUCCUUCUCCAGCAUGAUAGAUAUUAGAAACCCUUUACGGAAACGUUUGUGAGAUUAGUGUCCUAAACGAUCAACGCAGACAAAAAUCCGUAUCUCCUAAUCAACGACAAAACAGUCGUGGAGAACUUUUGAAAAAGUAUAAAGUACAGACACUUUAGAAAUUAAAGGCUUGGAGAGGACCAAGAAGAAUUAAGUAAUGUUACAGAACUGCUUGUUCAACUCUGCAAACAACCCCUGCAGUUUAAUAUAAACUUUAUACAGUAAAUGGUAAACUUUAUGCAACUAAUAUAAGGAGUGUGUAGAGGCGGGGCAAUUGCAAUGAAGAGGACAAAUCAUGUUGUCAGAUAAACUAAUCUCUCCCCCCUCUGAUCCCACGAUUUACACAGCAAUCAGUUGUUCUUGAAAUGCUCGAGUAUGUUGUAUUUCAUACAGGAGGAGAACUUGAGAGGGGGAGUUAAGUGAAGUUCAUCACCUAACAAAGUUUUAUCGUGAUAAAUUUCUUUAAAAGAACUUUCUAACUAAAGACCUCACUACACUAAGGCAUGUUCAGUUACACGAUUAACUUUCUCAGCAGUUUAACAGAAUUAUAAAUUCCGUUAGUUUAACAAUUCUGUGAGAGACUCCCCGUACUGCCUUCACACCACCAUCUUCUGAUGAGUCCCCGAAAUACUUAAGCCGAUUCCAUAGGGAGUAAUCUCUGAAAAAUGCAAACACGCCCCGUUUCCCCCCUCGCGAAUAAUCUAGUUUUCUACUAUAGUCUUAUAUCUAAUUCCUGAAAUGGCAGCAAUAGCUGAACCGUGGCUGGGUAUUUUACCGGUGAUUUAUUGUGUAUCUGUGACACAAAGGCCCCCUUGGCAAAGCCAGGCCCGUCACAAUACUGUUGACAAAUGAGCAGAUAUUCAGGCUGCCCUUAGCAAUACUUUCCCCCGCGGCCGCAACGCUCUCUGCAAGUGGUUUUUCUCUCCCGGGAAACCCAGGACAGGCUCGGGUGGAGAAACAAGAUUCAUUCUGGGCUUGUCAAGGCUUCAACCCCGUUUUAGAGGCGAGUGAGUGCGUCUCCCUAGGGACUGAUAGGCACAAAUCAGCGUUUUCAACUUUACCCCAAUGUCUGAAUGUCACGUCUUGGUGUCAAGCCUUUCCAGGGCUCCUUCGCCAAACUCCUUUUCUUUGGCUACAGUGUUUGUCGGUUGGGACUCGGGCGUCAAACGCGGGGUCCUGUUUGCUAUUCGAACUCACCCCGGAUCUGGCCAAAGCGCGUUACAAGGCAGCGCCAGGGCGAUGUGAGAAGUCAUUGGAGUGCAGUGGUGUGAAAGCAUCCCUCCUACCCUGCACAGUGCGCGCGGAAGGAGGGGCAGAGGCAGCCGGCUGUAGGGCCUGGAGCGGUGCCUGAUUCCCUCAUGCUAGUUCCGGGGCCGCUGGGUAUAAAGAGCUUUAUGCAAUGUCUGGAGGGUGGGAGUUUAUAGGAAACGCGAUGUCUCAGCUGGCGAACACGCCUUUCCUCUGCAACUAGCCGGAUAAGAGAAAGACACCAGGCGGCUGGGCUGGUGCGGGGCCGAGCAGACUUCUGAGCCCAGCAGCCAGCUCCCGAGGGAGCUGCAGCAUCCCCGCCCCGAUGGGCUCUCGUCGCGGGAUGGACGGAGCAGCGGCCUCUUGCAAAGUGCUCAUCUUACUCACUGCGUGCAUCAUGCAGGCUAGUGGCCAGGGAUGUGGAAGUGGUCAGUGCACUGACUGGAGGUGUGAUGGCGCAAGGGACUGUUCAGAUGAUACGGAUGAAGCUGGUUGUCCACAACCUACCUGUGAGGGAAAUCAGUUCCAGUGUCAGACUGAUGGAGAGUGUAUUCCACAGUCAUGGGUUUGUGAUGAUGAGGAGGACUGUGAAGAUGGUUCAGAUGAACAUCAACAAUGUCCGGGGAGGACAUGCUCAACUCAGCAGUUCACAUGUUCAAAUGGACAAUGUAUCCCGAAUGGUUACAUAUGUGAUCGAGUUAAAGACUGCACUGAUGGAACAGAUGAGAGAGGCUGCCGUUAUCCAACAUGUGAACAAUUAUCUUGUACAAAUGGAGCAUGUUUUAAUGCAAGCCAGCGUUGUGAUGGUAAAGUAGAUUGCAGAGAUGCCUCUGAUGAAGCUAACUGCACUCAUGGAUGUGUCAGUACCCAGUUUCAAUGUGCUAAUGGAGAAUGUAUACCCCGUGCCUUUAUCUGUGACCAUGAUGACGACUGUGGAGACAGGAGCGAUGAAAAUUCUUGCACUUACACGACUUGCAGAGGCAAUUUCUUCACCUGUCCAAGUGGCCGUUGUAUUCAUCAGAGCUGGGUUUGUGAUGGAGAUGAUGACUGCGAAGAUAAUGAAGAUGAAAGAGGAUGUGAAAGUGGCCACCAUGAGUGUUACCCAGGAGAAUGGGCCUGCCCUGUGUCAGGACGCUGCAUUCCAAUUGGUAAAGUGUGUGAUGGCACUGUGGACUGCCCUGCUGGAGAAGAUGAAACUAACAUAACUGCAGGCAGACACUGCAACAUAUCCCAGUGUGCCGCCUUGAGCUGCCAGUACCACUGCCAUUCUUCACCAUCAGGAGGGAUGUGCUACUGCCCUGUGGGAUAUGUGAUCAGCAGCAAUGACAGUCGCACCUGCAUUGAUUUUGAUGAUUGUAAGAUGUGGGGUGUGUGUGACCAGCUGUGUGAAGAUCGUGUUGGCCAUCACCUAUGUCACUGUGUGGAAGGUUAUUUCUUGGAGCAUCACCGCCACUGUAGAGCCAACACGUCAUCUGGUGCUGCAUCAAUUAUUUUCUCCAAUGGUCGUGAUCUGUUGAUUGGAGAUGUCCAUGGAAGGAGUUUUCGUACUUUGGUGCAAUCCCAGAAUCGUGGAGUUGCAGUUGGAGUGGACUUUCAUUUUUACCUACGUAGAGUCUUUUGGACAGACACAGUGCAAGAUAAGGUUUUUUCUGUUGAUAUUGAUGGCUCCAAUAUCCAUGAAGUUUUAAACGUUUCAGUUGACACACCUGAAAAUCUCGCAGUAGACUGGGUUAACAAUAAACUGUAUGUAGUUGAGACCAGUGUGAACAGAAUAGAUAUGGUAAACUUGGAUGGAACUAACCGUGUAACACUGAUUGCUGAAAAUCUGGGAAAUCCUAGAGGAAUAGCACUCGACCCAACUGUUGGUUAUUUAUUUUUCUCAGACUGGGAUAGUCUUUCUGGAGAUCCUAAAGUGGAAAGGGCCUUCAUGGAUGGCACAAACCGACAAGAUUUGAUAAAAACAAAAUUAGGUUGGCCUGCUGGAAUAACUCUGGAUAUUGUAUCGAAGAGACUUUACUGGGUGGACAGCCGUUUUGAUUACAUUGAGACAGUAACUUAUGAUGGGCUUCAAAGGAGAACAAUAGCUCAUGGAGGGACACUGGUUCCUCAUCCGUAUGGAAUAAGCCUUUUUGAACAUAAUGUUUAUUUUACUGAUUGGACAAAGAUGGCAGUGGUGAAGGCUAAUAAGUUUGCAGAAUCUAACCCUCAAGUUAUUUACCAGUCUUCACUGAGGCCAUAUGGAGUGACAGUUUACCAUGCUCUCAGACAGCCAUACGUGAGAAAUCCUUGUGGAAGUAAUAAUGGAGGUUGCGAACAGAUCUGUGUUCUCAGUCACAAAACGGAUAAUGAUGGACUGGGCUACCGCUGCAAAUGCACUCUGGGCUUUGACCUCCAUGUGGAAGGGCGACAUUGCAUUGCGGUGCAACAGUUUUUGCUCUUUUCAUCGCAGUUGGCAGUGCGUGGGAUCCCAUUCAAUCUCUCCACUCAGGAAGAUGUGAUUAUCCCAGUAACUGGGAGCCCUUCAUACUUUGUUGGGAUUGACUUCUGUGCCCAGGAUGACACCAUUUUUUUUUCAGAUACCACUAAAGAUAUAAUUUACAAACAAAAAACUGAUGGCUCAGGCAGAGAAAUUCUUACAGCCAAUAGGGUGGAAGGCGUUGAAGAUUUGGCCUUUGAUUGGAUCUCCAAGAACCUGUAUUGGACAGAUCCUCGGUACAGGAGCGUUAGUGUUAUGAAGUUGUCUGAUAAAUCUAGAAGAACUAUUGUCCAGAAUUUAAAUAAUCCUCGAUCAAUAGUAGUUCAUCCUGUUAUUGGUUAUAUAUUCUGGACAGAUUGGUUCCGCCCUGCUAAAAUAAUGAGAGCCUGGUGUGAUGGAUCCCAUGCUUUGCCAAUUGUGAACACAACACUUGGCUGGCCCAAUGGCCUGGCCAUUGACUGGGGUGCUUUAAGGCUUUAUUGGGUUGAUGCCUUUUUCGAUAAAAUUGAGCACAGUACCUUUGAUGGGUUAGACAGAAGGACUCUUGAGCGCAUUAGCCAGAUGACACAUCCCUUUGGCCUGACUCUCUUUGGAGGUUAUGCAUAUUUUACUGACUGGAGACUUGGAGGAAUAGUUCGAGUGAGGAAGUCAGAUGGAGGAGAAAUGACUGUUAUUAGGAGGGGCAUUAGCAAUAUUAUGCAUGUAAAAUCGUAUGAUGCUCAUUCUCAAAUAGGUUCUAACUAUUGUAAUAGAGGAACAAAUCCCAAUGGAGACUGCAGCCACUUCUGCUUCCCAGUACCUAAUUUUCAGAGAGUUUGUGGCUGCCCAUAUGGUAUGAAGCUGGGUCCCAAUCAGCUGACAUGUAUUGAAGACCCAUCAAAUGAGCCACCCACUUUGCAAUGUGGCUCCUAUUCAUUUUCUUGUGGUAAUGGAAGAUGUGUGCCUAACUACUACCAAUGUGAUGGGGUUGAUGAUUGUCAUGAUAACAGUGAUGAACAACACUGUGGAUCACUAAAUAAUUCUUGUGCUUCAUCAGCCUUUACCUGUGGCAAUGGGCAGUGCAUUCCAAGUCGCUGGCGUUGUGACAAGCAUAGUGACUGUCUUGAUGGCAGUGAUGAACAGCAUUGUCCUACACAAGGUCCUACCUCAUGCCCAGUAACCUUGUUCACCUGUGACAAUAACAGGUGUAUUCCCAGGAUCUGGCUAUGUGACACAGAUAAUGAUUGCGGUGAUGGGUCAGAUGAAAAAAAUUGCAAUUUUACAGGGACAUGUGAACCUGGUCAGUUUCAAUGUCCUGACCAUCGCUGCAUUGACCCAUUUUAUGUUUGUGAUGGGGACAAGGAUUGUGUAGAUGGAACAGAUGAGCAUGACUGCAUAUACAACUGUAGUGCCUCAGAGUUCAAAUGUGCAAGUGGAGAUCAAUGCAUCAGUACUUAUUACCAGUGUGACGGUGUUUUUGACUGCAAUGAUCACUCAGAUGAGACUGGUUGUCCUACACGGCCACCAGGGAUGUGCCACCAGAAUGAGUUCCAGUGUCAGUCUGAUGGCAAUUGCAUUCGUGCUAACUGGGAAUGUGAUGGCCAUCCUGACUGUGCAGAUGGCUCAGAUGAACAUCAAAGAUGUCCUGCCAGGACCUGUCCUCCAUCUCUUUUCCGCUGCGAUAAUGGAAACUGCAUCUAUCGAGCGUGGAUCUGUGAUGGUGACAAUGACUGCAGGGAUAUGAGCGAUGAACGAGAUUGUCCCACCCAGCCUUUCCGGUGCCCCAGCUGGCAGUGGCAGUGUCCAGGUCACAGCAUUUGUGUGAAUCUGAGCAAAGUGUGUGAUAACAUCGCAGACUGUCCUAAUGGGGCUGAUGAAUCCCCACUCUGCAAUGAACCCCAGCCAGAUCAGGAGAGCUGCUCUGACAGUAACGCUGGCUGUACUCAUGAAUGCAUUCAAGGGCCCUUUGGAGCUCAAUGUACGUGUCCAGUUGGAUACUAUCUUGCCAAUGACUCCAAGACCUGUGAAGAUAUAAAUGAAUGUGACCCUCCAGGCUUUUGCAGUCAGCAUUGUUACAAUGAAAGAGGGUCUGCAAGGUGUUACUGUGAUAUAGAAUACAAUUUAGAAGCCAAUGGAAGGACUUGUAAAGCUGCAGAGUCUGGGAAUCUCCUCCUACUAGUGGCAAGCCGUAAUCAAAUUGUUGUAGACAAUAUCACCUCUCAAGGACACAGAGUUUAUUCUCUGGUUCGAGAUGGGAGGAAUAUAGUAGCUAUUGAUUUUGAUUCAGUCACUAAUCGCAUCUAUUGGUCUGACACCACACAAGAUAAGAUUUGGAGUGCUUAUCAAAAUGGCACAGACCGAAAAAUAGUGUUUGAUAGUGGUGUCACUGUGACUGAAAGUAUAGCGGUAGACUGGGUAGGUCGCAAUCUUUAUUGGACAGACUUUGUCCUGGAAACAAUUGAAGUGUCUAGACUGGAUGGAAGCCACAGAACUGUGCUGAUAAGUGAAAAUAUAACAAACCCAAGGGGACUAGUGUUAGAUCCCAGAAAUGAUAUUCAUUUAAUGUUCUGGACAGACUGGGGCCAAAAUCCUCGAAUUGAAAAAGCUAGCAUGGAUGGCACAAUGCGAACAGUUAUCGUUAGUGAUAAAAUCUACUGGCCCAAUGGACUUUCCAUUGAUUACCCAACUAAACUACUUUACUUUGCUGAUGCCUAUCUUGAUUAUAUUGAUUUUUGUGAUUACAACGGAAACAACAGGCGACAGGUGGUAGCAAGUGACUUGGUGUUACGGCAUCCACAUGCUCUGACUCUCUUUGAAGAUUAUGUGUACUGGAGUGAUCGAUACACUAAUCGAGUAAUUCGAGCAAAUAAGUGGCAUGGAGGGAACCAAACACUUGUGAUUUAUAACAUUCACCAGCCUUUGGGGAUUGUCGCAGUCCAUCCUGUUAAACAACCUGGGGGUAACAAUUUUUGUGCAUCAUCUCCCUGUAGCCACCUGUGCUUGCUCUCCUCAUCAGGGCCACAAUUUUAUUCUUGUGCCUGCCCUUCAGGAUGGACACUUUCUCCUGAUAAUAUGAACUGCAUGAAAGAUGAACAUCCCUUCCUUAUUGCUGUAAGAGAUAAUAUCAUUUAUGGGAUUUCUCUUAACCCUGCGGAGAAGAGCAAUGAUGCCAUGGUUCCAAUAGCAGGAGUCCAGAAUGGUGUUGAUGUUGAUUUUGACAGCUCAGAACAGAUGAUCUAUUGGGUUGAAAAUCCUGGUGAAAUUCAUAGGGUGAAGUCUGAUGGAACUAACAGGACAGUAUUUGCUCCAGCAGCUGUUAUUGGUGCUCCUAUUGGUCUGGCUUUAGACUGGAUAUCUGCAAACCUGUAUUAUAGUAACACUGGCACACAGUCAAUUGAGGUUCUGAAGCUACAUGGUGAAGUAAUGUACAGAAAAACCCUGAUUACCAAUGAUGGUACUCCAACAGGAGCUGGAGUACCAAUAGGUUUGGUUGUUGAUCCAGCACGAGGGAAACUGUAUUGGACAGACCAAGGAACUGACAGCGGUGUCCCAGCAAAAAUAUCCAGUGCAAACAUGGAUGGCUCAGAUAUAAAAAUCCUCUUCACUGGUAACCUUGACCAUGUCGAAUUUAUUACCAUUGACAUUAAGGAACAGAAGUUGUACUGGGCUGUCACAAGCACAGGAGUGAUUGAAAAAGGCAAUGUGGAUGGUACAAACCGCGUGACCCUGGUUCUUCAUCUCUCUCACCCCUGGGGAAUUGCUGUCUAUGAUUCCUUUCUGUACUAUACUGAUCGAGAUUAUGAGGUCAUUGAACGGGUUGACAAGUCCACUGGAGCGAACAAAGUGGUUAUGAGAGACAAUGUUCCAAGACUGAAGUGCCUACGAGUGUAUUAUAGAGACAAUUCUGCUGGUGCCUCAAAUGGCUGCAGUAAUAACAUUGGAGUUUGUCAGCAGCUUUGCCUACCUAUGCCUGCUGGACUGUUUUCUUGUGCCUGUGCUACUGGCUUCCAGCUAAAUCCUGAUAAUAGGACCUGUUCUCCAUAUAGUUCUUUUGUAAUUGUUUCCAUGCUGUCUGCAAUUAAAGGAUUUAGCUUAGAGACAUCUGAUCACUCUGAAGCAAUGGUGCCUUUGGCAGGAAGAGGACGAAAUGCACUUCAUGUGGAUGUUCAUAUGCCUUCUGGUUUCAUUUACUGGUGUGACUUCAGCAGCACUGUUUCUUCUCAGAAUGCAAUACGUAAAAUUAAGCCAGAUGGAUCGUAUUUUAGAAAUGUGAUUACAAAUGGAAUAGGACGAAAUGGAAUCCGUGGCAUUGCAAUUGAUUGGGUAGCAGGAAACCUUUAUUUUACAAAUGCUUUCCUGACAGAGACUUUUGUAGAAGUUUUGCGUUUAAACACUACUUAUCGACGUGUUCUGCUGAAAACCUCAGUGGAUAUGCCAAGGCAUAUAGUAGUAGACCCAAAAAACAGAUACCUCUUCUGGGCAGAUUAUGGACAGAAUCCAAAAAUUGAACGUGCGUUUCUUGACUGUACCAACAGAACAGUGCUUGUGUCUGAAGGCAUUGUCACACCACGUGGCUUGGCAGUAGAUCACAGCAAUGGCUACAUUUACUGGGUUGAUGAUUCUUUAGAUAUGAUUGCAAGAAUUCAGCCUGAUGGAGGUGAAGCAGAAAUUGUUCGCUAUGGUAGUCGCUACCCAACACCAUUUGGCAUCACCAUCUUUGAAAAUUCUAUGAUCUGGGUGGACAGGAACCUGAAAAAAGUCUUUCAAGCCAGCAAGGAGCCAGGCAACACUGAGCAGCCAACAGUUAUACGAGACAAUAUUAAUUGGCUGAGAGAUGUUACCAUUUACGAUAGCCGUUUUCAGCCACGGUCUCCCCUCAGUAUCAACAACAAUCCUUGUUUGGAAAACAAUGGAGGUUGUUCCCAUUUGUGUUUUGCCUUGCCUGAUGUGCAGGCGCCCAAAUGUGGGUGUGCCUUUGGCACACUAGGAAGUGAUGGCAAGAGAUGUUCCAUUUCAACAGAUAAUUACCUGAUUUUUGCCCUUGAGAAUGCGCUUAGAAGUAUACAGCUCGAUCCUGAGAAUCACAGUCCCCCAUUUCGCACCGUGAAUGUGCUAAGAACUGCAGUGGCUCUAGAUUUUGACAGCAUGAACAACAGAAUAUAUUUUACACAAAGUUCUCCAGCUGGGACAGGAAAAAUCAGUUACAUUAAUAUUUACUCAGGAACUGGUACUCCAACUAUAGUUGCAUCAGGUUUGGGAACUCCAGAUGGCAUAGCCUUUGACUGGAUCAGUAACAGAAUUUAUUACAGUGACUAUUUGAACCAGACUAUCAGCUCAAUGGCUGUGGAUGGAUCUAACCACACAGUGGUUGCUCGUGUUCCACGUCCUCGAGCUAUUGUGCUAGAUCCUUGCAGAGGAUACAUGUACUGGACUGACUGGAGUGCCAAUGCUAAGAUAGAACGAGCUACACUCGGAGGAAACUUCAGAAUACCUAUUGUAAGCACCAAUUUGGUGUGGCCAAAUGGACUUACCCUGGACUAUGAUGAACAGCAGCUUUACUGGGCUGACGCAAAUCUACAGAAGAUUGAACGAUGCUCCCUUUCUGGUUCCAAUCGUGAAGUAAUUAUUAACACUGCGCUGUAUCCAUUUGCCAUGACCUUGUUUGAUCAGCACAUUUACUGGACAGAUUGGAAUACCAGAAGUAUUUACCGAGCUAACAAAUAUGAUGGCUCAGAUCAGAUUGUAAUGAUUAUGAAUCUACCACAAAGACCAAUGGAUAUUCAUGUUUGGUCAAAAAGUAAGCAGCAGCAGUGCAUCAAUCCUUGCAACCAAUUUAAUGGUGGUUGCAGUCACAUCUGUGCACCAGGUCCUACUGGUGCAGAGUGUCAGUGUCCUUCUGAAGGUCGCUGGUAUUUAGCCAACAAUAACAAGCACUGUAUUGUGGACAAUGGUACCAGGUGUGAUGGAGGGCUCUUCACUUGCCUCAAUGGGCGAUGCAUCUCAGAGCGGUGGAAAUGUGACAAUGAUAAUGACUGUGGGGAUGGAAGUGAUGAGCUGGAAAGUGUGUGUGCUUUUCAUACCUGUCAGCCAACAGCUUUUACCUGUGGCAAUGGGAGGUGCGUACCUUAUCACUACCGCUGUGACCACUACAAUGACUGUGGAGAUAACAGCGAUGAGGUGGGCUGCUUGUUCCGAACUUGUGACUCCCACACAGAAUUUACUUGCAACAAUAGAAGGUGUAUAUCUCUUGAAUACGUCUGCAAUGGAGUAAACAACUGUUACGAUAAUGGCACUUCUGAUGAGAGAAAUUGCCCUGAACGCACUUGCCAAUCUGGCUUUACAAAAUGUCAAAGCACAAAUAUUUGCAUUCCUCGAACAUAUCUAUGUGACGGCGAUAAUGACUGUGGAGACAUGAGUGAUGAGAGUCCCACUCACUGUGUCUCACUGACUUGCACAAAUAACUGUGCUGAUGGCUCUGAUGAACCUGCCUCUUGUGUGUCCCAUGUGCGUACUUGUUCAAGUGACCAGUUCAGGUGUGAUGAUGGCCGAUGCAUCCCAGCAAGCUGGAUCUGUGAUGGUGAUAAUGACUGCGGGGAUAUGAGUGAUGAAGAUCAAAGACAUAACUGUGCAAACCGCAGCUGCACAGCCACUGAGUUUACAUGUGUGAACAACAGACCCCCCCUUAGGAGGUGUAUCCCUCUGGUGUGGGUCUGCGAUGGUGAUGCUGACUGUGGAGAUGCUUACGAUGAACAUCAAAACUGCACCCGGCGGUCCUGCUCUGAAAAUGAAUUCACGUGUAACAAUGGACUGUGCAUCCGAAACUCUUAUAGGUGUGAUAGGAGAAAUGACUGUGGUGACAGCAGCGAUGAGAGGGGGUGCAUCUAUCAGCCCUGCCAACAGCACCAGUUCACGUGUCAGAAUGGGCGCUGCAUUUCAAAGGCAUAUAUCUGUGAUGGAGAUAAUGACUGCGGGGAUGAAUCAGAUGAGCUGGAGCACCUCUGUAGUACACCAGAAGCAACGUGCUCUCCCCAUCAUUUUAAAUGCGACAAUGGGAACUGCAUUGAAAUGGUUAAAAUCUGCAAUCGGCUGGAUGACUGUGUUGAUAACAGUGAUGAAAAAGGAUGUGGCAUUAAUGAAUGUAAUGACCCUUCAAUCAGUGGAUGUGAUCAUAAUUGCACAGACACUCUGACUAGUUUCUACUGUUUUUGUCGUACUGGACACAGACUCAUGUCUGAUAAACAGACAUGUGAUGAUAUUGAUGAAUGCAAUGAAACGCCAUCAGUAUGUAGUCAGAUUUGUGAGAACACUGCUGGCUCCUACAUCUGUAAGUGCGCCCCAGGCUACAUCCGUGAGCCUGAUGGAAAAAGUUGCCGGCAAAAUAGUAAUAUCUCCCCCUACCUUAUUUUUAGCAACCGUUACUAUCUGAGAAAUCUCACAGCAGAUGGCCAAUCUUACUCUCUCAUUUUGCAAGGACUAAGAAAUGUGGUGGCUCUGGACUUUGACAGGGUGGAAAAGAGGUUGUAUUGGAUUGAUGUGGGGAGGAAGGUCAUUGAAAGAAUGUUCCUAAAUGGGACAAACAAGGAGACUAUAAUAAGUGACGAUGUGCCAAAUGGGGAAGGUAUUGCUGUGGACUGGGUUGGCAGAAAAUUGUACUGGGUGGAUGCAUACAAAGACUGUCUCUAUGUCGCCGAGCUUGAUGGCAGAUUCCGGAAAAAAUUGGUGGAUCGGUGCGUGGACUCCAACAACACUUUCUGCUUUCAGUAUCCCAGAGCUAUUGUCGUCCAUCCAAAAUAUGGACAGGUUUACUGGACUGACUGGGCAGACCGAGCCUAUAUUGGAAGAGUGGGCAUGGAUGGCAAGAACAAGACAGUGAUUGUCUCUACCAAAUUAGAGUGGCCCAAUGGACUCACCAUAGAUUACACCAACGACAAGCUCUACUGGGCAGAUGCUCAUCUAAACUACAUUGAGUACUCUGAUCUAGAGGGACGACAUCGUCACACGGUAUAUGAUGGGACUUUACCGCAUCCAUUUGCAAUUACAAUUUUUGAAGACACCAUUUAUUGGACUGAUUGGAACACAAGGACUGUUGAGAAGGGAAAUAAAUAUGAUGGAUCAGGAAGGACUGUUCUGGUGAACACCACACACCGGCCAUUUGAUAUCCACGUGUACCAUCCAUACAGACAGCCAAUUGUGAAUAAUCCUUGUGGUACCAACAAUGGUGGCUGUUCCCAUCUGUGUUUAAUAAAAGUUGGCGGCCAGGGUUAUUCUUGUGAAUGUCCAGAUAACUUCAUGAUAAUACAACUUGGCAACACUGCACACUGCCUUCCAAUGUGCUCAAGCACCCAAUUCCUCUGUGCAGACAGUGAAAGGUGCAUACCUAUUUGGUGGAAAUGUGAUGGACAAAGAGAUUGCAGGGAUGGCUCUGAUGAACCACCGACUUGCCCACACCGAUAUUGUCGUGUUGGACAGUUCCAGUGCAGUGAUGGGAACUGCACUAGUUCCCAUUUUUUGUGUAAUGCUCUGCCAGAUUGUCCAGACAGAUCAGAUGAAGAUCAAGUACUUUGUGCUAAUCACCAGUGUGAGACACAUCAGUGGCAGUGUGCCAACAAACGGUGUAUCCCAGAAGCCUGGCAGUGCGAUAAAGAAGAUGACUGUGGGGAUAACUCAGAUGAAGAUAGUUCUCAUUGUGCCAGUAGGACCUGCUCUCCAGGCCAGUUUAAAUGUGACAAUGGCCGCUGCAUCCCUCAGUCCUGGAAAUGUGAUGUGGAUGAUGACUGUGGUGAUCAUUCUGAUGAGCCAUUCCACGAAUGCAUGGGUCCUGCCUAUCGGUGCGAUAACCACACAGAGUUCAGCUGUAGAACCAAUUACCGCUGUAUUCCACUGUGGGCAGUAUGCAAUGGGUAUGAUGACUGCAGAGACAACAGUGAUGAACAAGGCUGUGAGGAGAUGACUUGCAAUCCUUUGGGAGAUUUCCGCUGUGAUAAUCAUCGGUGCAUCCCGCUGCGCUGGAAAUGCGAUGGAGAUAAUGACUGUGGAGAUGGGUCUGAUGAGAACAACUGCAGCCCUCGUGAAUGUACGGAAAGUGAAUACCGUUGUGAUAAUUUACACUGCAUUCCUUCUCGAUGGAUUUGUGACCAUGAUGAUGAUUGUGAAGACAAUUCAGAUGAACGUGACUGUGAGAUGAGGACAUGCCAUCCUGGGUAUUUCCAAUGUAGCAGUGGGCAUUGUGUUGCAGAACGUUUCAGAUGUGAUGGAAGUGCAGACUGUCUUGAUUUCUCUGAUGAAGCGACCUGUCCAACACGCUAUCCGAAUGGUACAUACUGUCCACCUCUGUUGUUUGAGUGUAAAAACCAUAUCUGUAUCCAGCCAUACUGGAAAUGUGAUGGUGACAAUGACUGUGGAGAUAACUCUGAUGAAGAACUUCACCUUUGCUUGGAUAUUCCCUGUGAACCACCAUUCCGUUUCCGGUGUGAAAAUAAUCGCUGUAUCUACAAUCAUGAGCUGUGCAACCAGGAGGAUGAUUGUGGAGAUGGAAGCGAUGAGAAAGAGGAGCACUGUAAAGAACCUACCCCCAGACCUUGUACUGCUGAAGAAUUCAAAUGUGGAAAUGGGAACUGCAUUCCUCUACACUACGUAUGUGACAAUUAUGAUGACUGUGGAGACCAUUUUGAUGAAACAGGCUGCAACUCAGGAACAGGACGAACUUGUGCUGAAAAUAUCUGUGAACAUAACUGUACCAACUUAAGUGAAGGAGGCUUUAUCUGUUCCUGUAGGCCAGGGUACAAUGCCAGUGAGCUGAACCGGAACUCUUGUGAUGAUAUCAAUGAGUGCGAGAUCUUUGGAACCUGUCCCCAGGACUGUAAGAAUUCCAAGGGAAGUUAUGAAUGCUUCUGUGCUGAUGGCUUUAGGUCUGUGGGGGAUCAACAGGGAAAACAGUGUGCUGCUAAUGGUAACCCCCCAUUGUUACUCCUGCCAGACAAUGUGCGUAUUCGGAGAUACAAUAUCUCAUCACAGCAGUACUCUGACUACAUUGAUAACCAGGAGCACAUCCAAGCUAUAGACUAUGACUGGGAUCCUGAGGGGAUAGGCCUGAGCAUUGUAUACUACAGCACUUUGGGACAUGGCUCUGAGUUCGGAUCUAUCAAACGUGCUUAUCUCCCCACAUUUGACAGCAGUGGAAACAAUCCUGUGAAGGAAGUUGACUUGAAUCUGAGAUACAUAGUUAAUCCGGAUGGUCUAACUGUGGACUGGGUUGGGAGGUGAGUACACAAAAAAGUUAGGAAAUGUACACAACUGAAUGUGGUAAUAGUCUGAGCUAUGAAUCACUGGUGAGACACACGAUAUCCUGUCCUUUAUCUUAGAUCAGAGGUUAGAAGUACAGUAUUAGUCUUAUGUCCUGCACAACUGUCC